UACAUUCUGUUUCAGAUGAUCAUCAUGUCCCACUUAAAGGAUCUCAAAGAUGACUUUCACAGUGACACAGUCCUUUCCAUAUUAAAUGAACAACGCAUUCGGGGCAUUUUAUGUGAUGUCACCAUAAUUGUAGAAGACACCAAAUUCAAAGCCCAUAGUAACGUCCUGGCUGCUUCAAGCCUUUAUUUCAAAAAUAUAUUUUGGAGUCAUACAAUCUGCGUUUCUGGACAUGUGUUGGAACUAGAUGGUCUGAAGGCUGAAGUGUUCACAGAGAUACUUAAUUACAUCUAUAGUUCUACAGUAAUUGUUAAAAAACAAGAGUCUCUUGUGGAUCUUGCCGCUGCUGGCAAAAAAUUGGGAAUAUCUUUUUUAGAAGAUCUUACAGAAAAGAGCCUUUCCAGUUCCCCUUGUCUGUACUCAUUUUGCAAUACUGAAAAAAAUGAUGUAAAAGAAGAAAAAAGACAGGAAGACUCAGCCAUUACAAAUGGACCAAGAAUCACGAAUGCAUACUCAAUUUUUGAAACUGAAAGUAGUAAUAAUUUGUUUUCUCCUCUUGACCUGAGGGCAAAUUUUAAAAAAAUGCCUGAAACAAAUAAAGCAUCCAAUAGUGAUCUGGACAGGACUGAUGCAUGCAAAGAGGUUGAAAGAGCCAGCACAUUAGCUGAACAUUCCUAUGCUGUUACAACAGGUUGCAAUGCUUUACAACAAAAUUCCUUUUAUUAUGAAAACACCCCACUUUAUAAAACAGGCGAAGAUUGUUCUGAAGCUGCCGAGUUAGUGCCUCCAGUUAAAUCAGUAACACGCUCAUAUAAUGCACCAAAGGCUAUAUUUAACUCCCAGAUUACAGAUGCUCCUACUGUAAAGAUAUCAGCCCACAAGGGAAGUGGUUCAGAGGCUCCCGAUAAAGUCAUAAAUGACCACAGCCAUUCUUUUAAAAAAUGCCAGGCAAACAAAGCCAAUAUUCUCUCUUCUAAGGAAAAUGAAAAUAAAUCAGAUAACCUUUCUGGAUCAAUAGCUAUGGACAUUCCACAUCCUUACAACUGCAAUUGUUGUACUAAAUCAUUUAAUGAUAAAACUCAGUUAAGCACUCAUCUUAAACUUCAUUCACAAUCUCAAGAGACUUUAGUUUGCAAAUAUUGUAGCAAACAGUUUGAAAAUAUUGCUGGACUAGAGACUCAUGAACAAGAAUGUAGGGGUCUGAAUAAUUUGUGUGUUGAAAAUGAAAAUGAGCAGAAUAGUCUGGAUAAUUUUGCUCCUUCAAAUGAAAAAACUGGCACCUCGUAUGUAAGCCCAGAGCCCACAGAAACUGAAAACGAAAUUACUGAUUAUCCUGCUACAAACGGUACAAUGCCAGAAACAGACCAUUUUGUUAAAGUUGUUGGUGGACAGAUACUUUAUACUUGCAGUGUUUGUAAACGUACCUAUGUUACCUUGUCUAGCCUCCGAAGACAUUCAAAUGUUCAUUCUUGGAGAAGAACCUAUCCAUGCCAUUAUUGCAACAAAGUCUUUGCGUUAGCAGAGUACCGUACCAGACACGAAAUCUGGCACACGGGUGAAAGGCGAUACCAAUGUAUCUUUUGUCUUGAGACUUUUAUGACAUACUAUAUACUCAAAAACCAUCAGAAAUCUUUUCAUGCAAUUGAUCACCGACUUGGUGUAAACAAGAAAACAGCUAAUGGUGGCUUAAAACCAAAUGUAUAUCCUUACAAGCUUUACAGGCUUUUGCCUAUGAAAUGUAAAAGGGCACCAUAUAAAAGUUACGGAAACUCAUCAUAUGAAAGUGUACAAGUUAAUGAAGUUCCAUCUAGCACCUGUAUUAUUCAGAAUACUGUCACUUCUGAACUGUCAUCCUUGAAUUUUGAACACAAUAUGUUGCCAGCUUCCAGUAUUUCUUUGGAUAGUUCUUCAUGUGGUGAUGCUACAGCAACAUCUGAAAAUCCUCCAAAUGUUUCUUCCUGGAAAAUUUCAUCAAGGACAGAUCUUAACAAUAAUGCUCCCACUAACAGAAGGACAUUAUCUUCUGUUGAGAAUUCUGGUCCUCAGGAAUAUGAUUCCUCUUGUCAAGCAAUUAGUAAUAGCAAUUCCCAUGAGAAUUCAACCUCUGUUAUUAGCUAUAACAAUCCAGCAUCUUCUGUUAUAGUGCAUAGUGGAAGAGUUUCCUCAGUGAUAAUGCACAGUAAUGCUGUCAAUGCAGUAGGAAGAAGUGAUAAGGGAACUUCAGAUAUUACAAUCAAUCAAGUAGCGAGCAAUGAUCUUAUACAUGAGUCAGACAAUGGCAAUAGUAGAACAAGAAGCAAUAAAGAAAAGAAAAAGGUGCCCCUAUAUGACAGAGAAGCAACUUCAAAGGAAGUAAAAUAUACAACAAAUACAGGGAUACCUUCUAACACAUCUACACACAUCUUUGAAACUUCAAGUAAGACUGAAACUUAUAUCGCAAAACCUGCACUGCCAGGAACAUCUGCUGACAGCAAUGUUGCUCCUCUUUGCCAAAUAACAGUUAAAAUUGGAAAUGAAGCUAUUGUGAAAAGACAUAUUUUGGGGUCCAAACUGUUUUACAAAAAAGGUAGAAAAUCUAAAUAUGAAUCCAAAGGUGAUCAGACAGUUCAGGUUGCAGAACGGGAAAAGAGAGAGAGAAUCAUGUCUCGAGUUUGUCAGGCAGACAUUGAAAGUGAAAUGGGCGAUGAUAUCAGUGACCAUGACUCUAAUGAUAAACCUUGGCGGCCAUAUUACAAUUACAAACCAAAAAAGAAAUCUAAACAACUAAGAAAAAUGAGAAAAGCAAAAUGGAGAGAGAAAUACAGGAGCAGAAAUUCCUGUCAGGAAAGUGAGAAGGCCUAUGUCACCACUUAUGCUCUUAGGAAUAUUCCUGAAGAGAAGGUCUGUAAUCAAGAAGGAGAAGAGAAAAUGCCAGAUCUUUAUUGUAAGCUCUGUGAAAGGGAGAAUACUUCUACAGAAGUAUCCCAUGACCACUCACACUGGGAGACCACAGAGUCUGAGUCUUUCACUUGUGAUUUAUGCCAAAAGCAUUUCCAGAGCAAUUCUACCCUAAGGAUGCAUAAACGGUGCCAUAUGGGGGAGAAACCCUACCUUUGCAAAACCUGCGGGAAACGUUUUUCAAUCUCUAGCAAUUUACAGAAGCAUGAACGCACCCAUUCUGCCGUCAAGGAUUUCAUCUGUCAACACUGUAACAAAGCAUUCACUCUCAACGAAACACUCAAAAUACACGAAAGAAUCCAUACAGGAGAAAAGCGCUACCACUGUCAGUUUUGUUUUCAGGGCUUCUUAUAUCUUUCCACCAAAAGGAAUCAUGAGCAAAGGCAUAAGCGUGAGCACACUGGAAAGGGCUACGCAUGUUUUCAGUGCCCCAAGGUUUGUAAAACAGCAGCUGCUCUUGGGAUGCACCAGAAGAAGCAUUUGUUUAAACCACCCAAGCAAGAGGACAGAAAAGACUGUUUGUUUAAUGAAAGCUCUAAAUCAUAUAAAAGUCAACAUUUCUUUGAUUCAGAGCAACAGGAAACAGCUAAACCUCUGCUAACUAAAUGCCUAACUGAUGCAGAAAGUUUCAAAGCCAGUAAUAUUCAGAAUACUGCAUUGGAUGCUGGACUCUGA